AUGGACAAGCAGAUCACCAACUCAGAGAAGCAGGCGACCGCCGAAGAGCCUCCGCUGCUCUCCCUUGUGUCAAGUUCAGAACGAAGCGGCAUGGAUGUCGCCAACCGCAAUUCAAAAGCUCAUGCCAUUGAUGAAUAUCCGCAUGGUGCCCGCCUGGCUGCUGUUGUCAUUUCGCUCAUGCUGGGCAUGUUCUUGGUGGCACUUGACAAUACUAUCCUCGGCACGGCCAUCCCUAAAAUCACGGACGAAUUCCAUGACCUGAACAAAGUGUCAUGGUACGGAUCAGGCUAUUUGAUGACAUAUGGCAGUGGCUUCCAAUCAACCUGGGGAAAGUUUUACAAGUACUUUCCGAUCAAGCUUUGGUUUCUCGUUGCUAUACUCAUUUUUGAGGUGGGAAGCCUCAUCUGCGCUGUGGCUCAAGACCCUACAACCCUCAUUAUUGGCCGAGCUAUCGCUGGCUUCGGUGGAUCCGGAGUUGGCGUAGGAAUUUUCACGAUUAUCGGGCUUGCUGCGCCUCCUGAGAAACGUCCACAGCUUUUGGGCUUUACUGGAGCGACCUAUGGCUUAGCCGCAGUAUUGGGACCGCUCAUCGGCGGUGCUUUUACUGACAAAGUGUCAUGGCGCUGGUGCUUCUACAUCAAUCUGCCUAUCGGGGGUCUAGCUGCCGCAACAAUCUUUUUCCUCUUCAAGGCCCCAAGUAGCGCAGCCCCGGCAAAGGCUACACCCAGAGAAAAGUUCUUGCAAAUGGACCUCGUCGGAGGAGCUCUUAUGAUGGGAUUGAUCAUUUCAUUUAUCUUGGCGUUGCAGUAUGGUGGACAAACACAUUCGUGGAAGAGCAGCGAGGUUAUUGGCCUCCUGGUUGGGUUUGCUUUGAUUGUUCCGGUUUUUGUGGCCUGGGAAAUCUACCAGAAAGAGCGUGCAAUGAUUGUCCCCCGGCUGUUCAUGAAACGCUACAUUUCCGUGGGCUCCAUAUUUAUGUUCUUCUUUGGCGGCGCCUACUUCAAUCUCCUGUACUACCUUCCUAUAUAUUUCCAGAGCGUCUACAACAGCAGUCCAAUUGGAUCUGGUGUGAAGAUGCUCGCUCUAAUCAUCCCGCUAACCCUAGCUUCCAUUGUACAGGGAUUUGCGUUAUCCAAAAUCGGCAUCGUACCUCUGUUCUGGGUCAUAGGUGGCGUUUUGGCAACCGUCGGUACUGGCUUAUUCUAUACUUUUGAUACUGAAACAUCUGCUGGCAGGUGGAUUGGGUAUCAGAUCAUUGUUGGGUUCAGCAUCGGCUGCACGUUCCAGAUUGCCAUGUCAAACGCGCAAGUCCAUGCUUCACCAGAGGACAUGUCGCAGGCUACAGCUAUCGUUAAUUUUUUCCUGACCGUUGGUGGAGCUUUCUUUCUAUCAGCAGUACAAUGCGCCUUCAGCAAUCAGCUGAUUGCAACACUUGCCAAAACGCUCCCCGAGAUCGACCCGGCGGUUGUUAUUGGGACCGGUGCAACACAAAUUCGUGAAGCUUUUACGGCCUCGCAAGUUUCUAUCAUCAUCGAUGCCUACAUGAUUGGUCUAAAAGCUGUCUUUGGGAUUUCAAUUGCUGCCUUUGGUGUCGCCACUGUGGUUGGCUGCUUUGGCAGCUGGAAGAAGCUCCACGGUGAUGAUCUGAAGAAGACUAACGGUGGCGUUGCAUGA